CACGCACAUCCACACACGGUCACGGAUUCGAAAUGCUCGCGGGCGAGUGCUUUCCUUCUCCGAGCUUCGUUGACAACGCUAGAGAAAUGUCUCGCGCUGCUUCUGCUUGUAGAGCUUGCCGCGGUGCUAAGGAUUCGCGUCCAUGGAAGACGGAGGCGUCGCAGAGACCGGGAGGCUGGGUUCGCAGGUCGUGCAACAGGUGAGUGCGGGACUCGGCACGGAAGGAAAUGGCGAUGCCGAUGGAGGGAAAUCGCGAUCCGAAGCGGGUGUGGGGGAAUCGGGUGUCAAUGUCGCCGCGUUCAAGAAGAAGAGAGGGAGGCCGAAGAAGUACGAAGUCCAGGGCGGAGUUAUGUGGUCGUCGUCAUCGUGUCGGAGAUUCGCGCCGGAGGCCUCAGUGAAGCGCCGCAGAGGGAGGCCCCGAGGUUCCGCCAGUGGAUCUCCCCAUUUCGCUUCCAUUGGUGGACGUCCAACGGGGGCACUUGAAGGAAGCUUUAGCCCUGAGACGGUGACCCUUCAUAGAGGGGAGGAAAUUCUUGCCAAGUUAUCAUCUUUGAUUGGACCAGACUCUCAUUCGCUCUCCAUACUAUCGGCAACUGGUGCUGUCUCCAGUGUCGUCCUACGCCAACCUGGGCCUUCUGGUGGUAUUUUGAGUUAUGAGGGGUAUUUUCAAAUUUUGGCCCUGAAUGGCUCAUUUACAAUUCGGGAAGGUAGAAUUUGCACGCACCCUGAACUUAGCUUGGUGAAUGUCAUGCUUGCUAUGCCUGACGGGAGGGUUUUUGGCGGUGGAGUUGCUGGUCCAUUGAUAGCUGCGGGCCCGACUCAACUUGUAGCGGGCAACUUUAAGCAUAAUCCAAUUCAUGAAGUGAGACAGCCUGAGCAUAUUGCAAGAGUGCCAGAAGUUGGUGACCAUUCUGGCAUUCCUAACUCUGUGCUACUGGAGCCAACUGACAAGGAAGCAAAGACUACUAUCACUACUGGAAGCAAUGAUGUGAACCCUGCUUCUCCGCACAUUGAUGAGCAUAAUCCCUUGGAACCGGUGGAGCCAGGGUUAGACCGGAACAUUUAUGCAGACACCAAAGCUAACUAAUGUCCCUGAGCUGUGAAAAUAUUUUUCUCUCAGUGUGUGUGUGCAUGUAAUGUGCUGAAGAUAGCAAGUACAAGGUAAAUAGAUUGUUUCUGUUAUGACUGUUAUGUGCUAGGUCUUAGAGGAACCUAGUGGGACUAUAAGGAAGUUUGAUUCAUUUGCCAUAAUGGCAAGUUGAAACUGGCGGUGCAUCCCUUCCCACAUGGGGGAUCACCAUAAAAUGUUGUUGUCAUUUAAAGUUUCUCCCGUUCUUGUUAUCUUUUAGAUACUUUCGUUAUUGUCUUUAAAACUUUGCCGUUCGUGUUAUCUAUUGGAUACUUUCCUUAUU